AUGAAGUUUACCAACGUUAUUCUUGCUGCCAGCGCCGCUAGCAUGGCCUGCGCUUACCCCAAGGGUCGCGAUGUUAUCCCCAACAAGCGAAGUAUCUCCAAGCGCGCUUCCAGCGGCUUUACUUGGAUGGGCGUCAGCGAGUCUGGUGCCGAGUUCGGCGAGUCGAACAUUCCCGGAACUCUGGGCACCGACUAUGUCUGGCCCAAGACUGCUAAGAUUCAGGUCCUGCGCGAGGCCGGCAUGAACAUCUUCCGUGUUCCCUUCUUGAUGGAGCGCCUGGUGACCGACAGCCUGACCGGCAGCCUGGAUUCGACCUACCUGGCUGAUCUCAAGUCUACCGUCAAGUUCAUCACCGACAGUGGUGCCCACGCCGUCCUCGACCCCCACAACUACGGAAGAUACAAUGGUAAUGUCAUUUCUUCCACUGACAACUUCAAGGCCUGGUGGAAGACCGUCGCCACCGAGUUUGCCGACAACGAAAAGGUCAUCUUCGACACCAACAACGAGUACCACGACAUGGACCAGACCCUCGUCCUGAAUCUGAACCAGGCUGCUAUUGACGGUAUCCGUGCUGCCGGUGCUAAGACCCAGUAUAUCUUCGUCGAGGGCAACGCCUACAGCGGCGCCUGGUCGUGGACCGACAACAACGACAACCUCAAGGGACUGACCGACCCCCAGGACAAGAUCGUUUACGAGAUGCACCAGUACCUCGACUCCGACAGCUCUGGCACCUCCGAGACCUGCGUCAGCUCCACCAUCGGCAAGGAGCGCCUGACUUCUGCAACCAAGUGGCUGAAGGACAACAACAAGAAGGGUUUCAUCGGCGAGGUCGCUGGUGGUGUCAACUCGGACUGCGAGGCAGCCGUCAAGGGCAUGCUCUCCUACAUGUCCGACAACAGCGACGUCUGGAUGGGCGCUGAAUGGUGGUCCGCCGGUCCCUGGUGGGGAACCUACAUGUACAGCAUGGAGCCGACAGACGGCAAGGCCUACGAGACCUAUCUGCCCAUCCUAAAGGAAUACUUCGUGAGUAGCUCUGGCUCAACCUCUGCCUCUAGCACUGCGUCCGCCAGCGCCGCAGCAAGCACCACCAGCAGCUCUAGCAGCACCAGCACUACUUCCACUUCCACCGUGGAGGCAACCAGCACCCCCAACACCCAGGUCCAAGUUUCCAGCCCAGCUGCUGAAUCUUCCAGAUCUCCUGAAAGUACCGGCGCCGCGUCGGUCGCCCCCAUCGCCACCCCGUCCUCUAUCCCAGUCGACGUCCCUACCGCCGCCCCCACGUCGUUCGUCAGCGUGCCCUCCCCCAUCCACUCGCCCACAAGCUCGCUUGCUGGCACUAGCACCCCCUCUGCCAGCGGCGGUGCUGUUGCUCGCUACUACCAGUGUGGUGGACGCAACUGGACCGGUGCUAUCACCUGUGCGAGCGGUCUGACUUGCAUCGUGCAGAAUGAGUUUUACCACCAGUGCUUGUAA